AGGAAGAAACAAGUGGAUAAAACAUAAACGGUUGUGUUCCAUGAAACCACCUCCAUGGAACUCAUAAAUCCUGUUUUCCGGCACCCCCACCACCACCAUCACUACCGUCACUACUCCUCCAUCACCCCAAACCACUUAUCAUCCUCUCUACUCUUCCUCCACCGAAAACCCACCUUCAAUUCCCCCCAAAAACACAUCUUUUCACCCAUUUCAUGCUCUUCUUCAACCUCACCGUCGCCGGAAGUUGGUUCUGAAACAGCAGAAUCUUGCGUCAAUUUGGGCCUCACCCUCUUCUCUAAAGGACGGGUUAAAGAUGCUCUCAUGCAGUUUGAAACAGCUCUCACCUUGAAUCCUAAUCCUAUUGAGGCUCAAGCUGCACUUUAUAACAAAGCAUGUUGUCACGCGUAUAGAGGUGAGGGAAAGAAAGCUGCUGAUUGUCUUCGAACCGCUCUUAAAGAAUAUAAUUUAAAAUUCGCUACAAUUUUAAACGACCCGGAUUUGGCAUCCUUCAGAGUUACGCCCGAAUUUAAAGAACUACAAGAAGAGGCUAGAUUAGGUGGGGAGGAUAUCGGUUACGGUUUCCGAAGAGAUCUUAAACUUAUAAGUGAAGUCCAAGCCCCGUUUCGUGGGGUCAGAAAAUUCUUUUAUGUGGCAUUUACAGCAGCAGCUGGAAUAUCAUUGUUUUUUACUAUACCAAGAUUGUUUCUUGCACUACAAGGCGGUGAGGGGGCCCCAGAUGUCUUGGCAACUGCUCAAAAUUUUGCCAUAAAUGUUGGAGGUAUUGUUGUUUUCGUGGCGUUAUAUAUUUGGGAUAAUAAGAAAGAGGAAGAACAACUUGCUCAAAUUUCAAGAAAUGAAACGUUAUCAAGAUUGCCACUACGCCUAUCAACUAAUCGGGUGGUUGAACUUGUGCAAUUAAGAGACACUGCAAGACCUGUAAUAUUGGCGGGAAAAAAAGAAACGGUUUCUUUGGCAAUGCAAAAGGCGGAGAGAUUUAGAACGGACCUCCUUAGCCGAGGUGUUAUAUUGGUUCCGGUUAUUUGGGGUGAAAAGGAUUCACUAAUUGCGAAAAGAGGUUUUGGUGGUCCGAAGAAAGCAGCUUCAUCUCUUCCUUCUGUUGGGGAAGAUUUUGAGACACGAGCUCAGUCAAUAACUGAAAAAACAAAACUGAAGUCCGAGAUUCGAUUCAAGGCUGAGGUGGUAUCACCUGGUGAAUGGGAAAGGUGGAUAAAGGAACAACAGAAGUCAGAAGGAGUUACUCCUGGUGAGGAUGUAUAUAUUAUUCUACGUCUAGAUGGUCGUGUUCGAAGAUCAGGACGGGGCUUGCCUGAUUGGAACCAAAUUCUGAAGGAGCUGCCACCAAUGGAAGCAUUGCUAAGCAAACUAGAAAGAUAACACAAUCAUUUAUAUUUUAAUCGUAUAAAGAUUACGACUUUCACCAACUUUAUUGUUUAUUCGCUACCUGUAUCAUAAAUUCGACACAAAUUAAGCUUAAAAUUGUGCGUAGAACAAAAUCUUAGUGUCAUAAUCACAAUGAAGUAUCUUGUGUCGUUU